AUGCCGGGGGGCGAUGCGACGGGCGGCGCGGAUAAGCGGCGCGGGAGCGUGGCGGUGUGCUGCGUGGUGGUGCUGCUGAUCAUCGCGCUGGCGUCGGGCGGCGGAUCCGCCAUCUGGGAUGCCUUCUCCGCCGGUCCUUCCUACGUGUCGCUCUCCGCCACCCCCGACCCCGCGUCGCUGCGCCCCGAGCGCGUGUUCGCGCAGCCGCCGUGGCGCGUGCGCGACGGCAGCGAGGCGGGGUACCUGUACGGCUGGACGGGGCCCGCGCUCGCGUACCGCAUGGCGUGGAAGCAGCCCGCCGCCCACGGCGGAAGCGCAGGGGCGGGGGGGAAUAUUUCCGCGGACGAGUUCGCGCUGGCGAUGCGCGUGGGGGGCGUGCUGCGGCGCGUGGGCGUGUCGACGGUGGCGGCGAGCGGGCACACCCUGGCAGUGACUCCGGGGGGCGUGGUGCUGUCGUGGGGGCGCGACUGGGACGCGCGCAGACGCCCCGCGGGGCUGCUGGGGCGCGCGGACGGCGCGUUUUGGCGGCCUGCGCCGGUGGAGGGGCUGACGGGGGAGGGGCAGGUGGUGGCGGUGGCGACAGGGCAGUAUCACUCCGUUGCUGUAAUGGAGAGCGGACGUGUGUUCACGUGGGGGCUCAACAACAGGGGGCAGCUGGGCCGACCAAUCAAGAGCAAGGAGGACGGCUUCCGGCCGGGGCUGGUGGGAGGGCUGCUGGCCCAGGAGCGAGUGCUGGCGAUAGUGGCAGGGCGGUACUUCACACUCGCCAUCUCGCAGCACGGCCGCCUCUUCACCUGGGGCGCCAACCUCUACACCGGCGACGCCCCCUGGCGCCACGAGCACGACUCCGGCUUCGAUGACGAUGCCGAUGCUGCUGCUGACGAGUUCCCAGAGAAAGGACCCGCGGGCACGGCCGGGAGCAGCAGUGAGAGGGAGGCGUGGCGGCAGCGGCUGAGAAACGCGGCGCUGGCAGCGGCGCAGCCGAGGGUGGUGGAGGCGGGGGUGGAGGGGGAGCAGGUAGUGGAGGUGGAUGUGGGCACGGACCACUGGGUGGCACUCACAGGGUCGGGCAUGGUGCUCGUGUGCCACACUGGGUUCACUCCUCAGGGGAUUCGGGUUGACCCUGAGCAGCACAGAUCGUGGCUGGGAGUGGCGCCCGGGGUUCCCCUGGACCGCCCUGCUGCUGUGCGCGUGCCCCCGCAUCUGGGCUCCCAUCCUGCUGGUGGUGGUGGUGGAGGGGAGGAGGGGAGGGCGGUGGGGCCGGAGGUGCAGUCAGUGGCAGCGGCACACCACACGACGUUUGCAGUGACGGCGGAUUACAAGGCCGUGUCGUGGGGCGAGGCGGGGCCACUGCUGGGGCGAGUGUUGGGGGAGGGCCAGGGGCAGGUGCCCGCGAAUAAGCCGGGGGUUGUGGGGAGCGGAGCAGGGGGAGGAGGGCCAGUGGGAGGGGAGGGGGUGGUUGGGUUGGAUCGGCAGACGGUGGAGCAGGUGUCGGCUGGGGAGGGCUUUGCUGUGGCGAGGCUGAGCCAUGGCGUGGUGUACUCAUGGGGCGACAACCAGCACGGGCAGCUGGGUCGCCCGGCGCCCUCUCAGGACGGCACCCCUGCACCAGUGCAGGGGCUGGAGCACCUGGAGGUGCUGCUGGUGGUGGCGGGGUCGCAGCAGGGCCUGGUGCUGUGCCGCGCACUGCAGGGCUCUGAAGCCGCCCUGGAGCCCCAGGAGUUUGACGACACACGCGUGCUCAAUGAGGAGCAUGUGUCGCCUGCAUCGCUGCCUGAUCCCGAUGCUUCUGCUCCUGCUGCUGCUGUGCCUGUGCCUGGUGGUGCUGGUGGCGUGGGAGCAGGGUUUGGUGCAGCAGUGGGUGCAGCAGUGGGUGCAGCAGGGGGAGCAGUACGGGCUAUGGUGGCGGGUGGGGAAGGAACUGCUGUGGCGAGUGCAGCAGGAGGGGGUGACAGUGGUGCGGGGGAGAAUUGGGGGGAGCGAGUCGGGGGAGGGGCGUCAGCAGCGGAACAGGGGGGGACGGGAGGGGAGGGGGCAGUGGCGCGGGACAUGUGGAUGAAGUUUGGGGAGGAGUUCAAGAUGCUGCCCCGGCAGGGCAUGGACAGCAGCAUGCGGAACCCAUGCUGGCGCGUGCAGGCAGGCAGUGCGGCGGGGGGGAGUGCGGGCACGGAGGGAGGGGCAGGACCUGAGGUGCACUGCCUGCCGUACUUCUUCAUCAUCGGUGCCACCAGGGCGGGCACGCAGGACCUGUACCGCAAGCUCACGUCCUCCAUCAUCCCGGGCAUAUUCCCAGCCACCAUCCCCAACCCCCAGUGGUGGGACCGCAACGGUGCACGGGACUUUGCGUGGUACGUGUCGCUGUUUGACGAGGCUGCGCAGCACAUGGUGAACACGGGGGGCAGCGCGGUGACGGGCGAGGCAUCCAGCACGCUGCUCACCAGCUCAGGCGUGGUGCUGCGAGGCCACGUGGACGACAGGCACACAGUGCCGCAGCUGCUGCACCUGGUGCUGCCGAGGAGCAAGUUCAUUGUCAUCCUCCGGAACCCAGUCGACCGCUUUUUCUCCGAGUUUAACCUCGCUGCCGCUGUCGACCCCUCGCCCUCCGUUCCCAAGGACUUUCAUAAAUACGCUCAAGAUGCCACAGCGCGCAUGAGUGCGUGUGUGGAGAAAGAGGGUGCGCAUGCGUGUGUGCGGAAGCUGUUUCGAGACAUGCCGGACCUGUGCGGAUCAUUCUAUGCUUACUUCAUUCAGGACUGGUUCCGCUCCUUCCAUCCCCAGGCCUUCCUCUUCCUGCGGUUUGAGGACUACAUGGCCAACCCCCGCCCACACAUCGCCCAAACCCUCGACUUCCUCGGCUUCCCCUCUGCUAACGUGGCGGAGGAGCAGUGGGCGGGGAUCGUCGACCUGGAGCGCGUGGAGCAGCGGCCGGAAGGCAUGGCGAGGGAGGAGCUGGAUGGGGUCACAAGGGAGUACCUGGAGGCGUUCUUCGCGCCUUUCAAUGCAGAUCUGGUGCGGUUGCUGCGUGAUGAGAAGUAUUCGUGGAAGAGAGGGCAGAGGUGA